GCUCGGAGAUCGAGCGAACCGUUUUGAGAUUCGUUCUCGAUAAAUCGUCGUCGAGAAUGAUUUACGGUUCCCUUAUAUUCUGUCUUUUGGGGCUGACGAGCUUGGUCCAAUGUAACAUUGGCCCGGUCGACAGAGGAUACGUGUUUACCGCACCGAAGAAAUUAUUGGCUGGUGAAACUGAGAGCGGCUGCCUGUCGCUCCACAAUUUGGAAGGACCUGCUCACAUUCUACUCGAGCUUCUGUCACCUGCUGCGGCUAAUACCGACGAUGAAGUUCUAGCCAGCACCAGCAACCUCCUCGAAACUGGGGUGGAAACAUGUCUGGAACUGGCUGUACCGGAUCACACUCCAACGGCCCAUUCGAUCGCACGAUUAAGGUUGAAAAUCCGAUUCGACAAGUAUCCCGAGUAUCAUGUGAACACGGAGAAGGAGGUUUACAUAGAGCACGACUCGGUCAUCACGUUCGUCGAGACUGACAAACCGGUAUACAAACCUGGGCAGGAUGUUCGCGUGAGAAUUCUCGCGCUGACGCACGAUCUCAAACCGUGGAAACGAGCGAUUCCUAAGGUAUGGAUAGAAAAUCCCUCAGAAGUGCGAGUAGCUCAAUGGACGAAUUUGAGUAUAGACCGAGGAAUGGUCCAGUUAACGUUCCCCCUGUCUCCAGAGUCAAGUCCGGGUGCUUGGAGAAUCAAAGUCGAGAAAAAAAAGUCUUUGCCUCAACUCAUUCACACGACAACUUUCGAAGUGAGAAAAUACGUUUUGCCAAGAUUUCAAGUAACUAUCAAUUCUCCGAGAUACAUACUCGCUGACGCUGACAACGUAACUUGGACGGUGUGCGCGAGUUACAGUUACGGAAAACCCGUUCGGGGAACUUUGCUCCUCAAAUCAAGCCCUCAAACUCCGAGCUGGAGACGGAAACUCAAUCUUCCUGAGAUUCACAACGAAGUACAAUUAACGUCAGCGGACGGGUGUACGAAAUUCACGGUGACGGGCACGGAGCUUGGGCUGGCGCAUUGGCAAGUAGCACCGACGAGCAUAGUUUUGAGCGCAAAUUUGACAGAGACUGGGACCGAAGUAAUCGAGACUGCGACGAGUCGUACGGUCGUCGUGCAUCAAGCGCUGAAGCUCGAAUUUGCGCCGCAUACACCAAAGUAUUUCAAGCUCGGACUUCCGUACCAUGGAAAACUUCGAGUAUUGCGCCAAGAUCAAACACCGGCAGUCGGUGAAAAAAUCCAAUUGUGUCUGAGGGUACGUGGCAAAGACGAAUGGGUUCGCGUUGUCGUCGAGUGUCGCAACUUCACGUCGUCCGUUGGUGGCUUCGUCAAUUUCAUCGUACCACCCCAACACAAGAAUAUCGUACUCUUGAGCUUCGUCGCUACCGCCAUCGAGUAUCCGACCAAGUAUUACUCACCUGAUAAAAGAUGGAGGGUGUUUAUGGAUCAACCUUCGGCUUACAUCGAUGUUGGAGCUUGGUACUCGCCUUCGGACAGUUACCUUGCUGUUGCUCGAGGUUAUCAACCAAUCGUAUGCGGCGAAAAAUAUCCCUUCAACGUAAUGUACACGAUGCCCACGAGUGGAAAGGCUGUUAAUGAGUCGUUGGCUUUCCAUUACUCCAUUAAUUCAAAGGGCGACCUUCUGAUUUUUGGUCACGUUAAGCACAAACCGCAUCAAGAUUCGCUUCUUAAUUAUUCCGAGUUUCGUAACGUUCUGGGAGCUGUUGAUGCUCCACAUAACAGGAGCGACCAUUCCAGUGUUGUCCAUAGAUUUCCAUUGAGCGUCAAAGUGACACCGAGUAUGGCACCGUUGUCAGAAUUACUACUGUAUUACGUGCGCAACGAUGGAGAGACGGUCGCAACGACUUACACAAUCGAGGUUGGCCACUGUUUUGAAAAUAAAGUGAAAACGUCCUGGCACGCGGAGACACAAGUACCCGGAGAACAAACGCAGUACAACGUUGAGGCUGCUCCGUGGUCGCUGUGCGGUGUUUCCGUGCUCGACAAGUCGACUCUCUUUUUGGCUCGCUCACAAUUACAGCACCAGGGAUCGAGCAAGGGCUCUAGUCUCCUGGACGCCGAAAAAGCGUUUGACAAGGUUAAAAGAUUUCAUCUUGAUGCUGAUACUCCACUUUAUCAGAGCGUUUGGAGCCAUUGCGAGAAAACGACCCAGCCCGAGACGAGUGUCGGCGAAAUCGAUCAUCUCCCGAGUCCAGCGGUCGAAGCACCACCAAUUUGGGAUCUUGUACGAGAGAGACGAGCUAGACGCAAACGUCAGUCGGGCCUCGGAGCCACCGUCACCAGUGGUGGUACUUGGGUCAAUUAUGUCGACGCUAUGCAAGCUUUUGACGAUUUCGGAGUCAUCGUUAUGAGUGAUCUUAUCGUCGAGUCAAGACCUUGUCCUCAACACCCAUGGAUGACGAGUCGAGAAAGCAUCGAUUUUCGCAUGAUGCGUCGUGGAAUGGACGAACCUGACAGAAUGUGGAUGGCAGCAAAAUCGAUGCCCCAAGCAUUUCCUCUGCUGUACGGUCACGAAAUGGGUCACGAGAUCGGUUACGUCGAUCAUUUGACCGAUCAUGCGAGUGCGACACUGAGAUCAUAUUUCCCGGAGACGUGGCUUUGGGAAUUGGUGCCGACGGGGAAGGAUGGUCGGGCAACUAUAAAGCAUAAUAUUCCGCACACGAUAACGGAGUGGAUCGGUCAUACUGUGUGCAUAUCACCGAACUACGGACUCGGCAUAGCGCAGCCAGCCAAAAUCACAGCGUUUCAACCCUUUUUCCUCGAUUACACUCUGCCAUACAGUGUCAAACGGGGUGAAACGUUGCGAAUGAAAGUGUCGCUUUUCAACUAUAUGGACUACAGUCUUCCAGUCAAAAUCACGUUGGUCGAUGCUUCUGGCUUUGAUCUUCAACUACCACAGAAGUUUGGUUCCUAUUGCAUCGGUGCUAAAUCGAGCGUUGUUCACGAGUACCCAUUGAAAGCGCGCUUGAUCGGUGAAAUAAACGUAACGGUUAGCGCUGCCGUCGAUCCAGACUAUGGAGAAACGUGCGGUCCGGAAAUCCUCGUAAAUACGCGUGACAGUAUCGUGAAACCGAUACUGGUCUUACCAGAAGGUUUCCCAAUCGAGACGACCGAGUCGGCCUUCGUUUGUCCGAAGGAUUUCACCGACGAUUCGUCAAUAGUUUGGAAUCUCGAUUUACCCAAGGAAUCGUUGGUCCCCGACAGUGCGAGAGGCUACGUAUCUUUGGUCGGUGAUCUCUUGGGUCCGGCGUUAGAAAAUCUCGAGAAUCUCGUACGUCUUCCGUUUGGUUGCGGCGAGCAGAAUCUUAUUUUGUUCACUCCGAACAUACACGUAAUCGGCUACCUCGAAGCGACUCGUCGCAACAAUCCCGAACUUCGACGAAAAGCCAUACGCAGCGUAGAAAAAGGAUAUCAACGAGAGUUGAACUACCGGCACCCGGAUGGCUCGUACUCGGCUUUCGGCCCGCACAGCUCCGAGAGCGGUGGCUCAAUGUGGCUCACUGCCUUCGUCGUAAAAUCGUUCGCUCAAGCACGCACAUUGAUACACGUUGACGAACGUGAUCUUAAAUUGUCGGUCAAGUGGAUCGUCAAAAAACAAUUGGAGAACGGUUGCUUCCCUCUGAUAGGAAGAAUCUUCCACAAAGACAUGAAGGGUGGUCUUCAAGAAGAUUCGGAAACUUAUCCAUCGGCGUUAACGGCUUAUGUACUCAUAUCGCUCCUCGAAUCUGGCGUUCCUCUAGCCCCUUCACUCAUUAGCAACGCUCUUUAUUGUUUGGAAAAAGGCAUGACAGCUAGUGAAAGAGAUGGGAAUCCGUACACGGCUACUUUGUCAACUUAUGCUCUAGCGCUACUCGAACAUCCCAAUGCGAAUGCCAGCAUGAAAUCUUUGCUCGAACGGUCAACCCGUUUGCACGAUCUCAUUUGGUGGGAAGAUAAGAGGAAACCAUCGAAGGGUUUGAGCAUAGAAAUGACCGCAUACGCGGUACUUUCUCUCGUGAAACUCGGUGGCGAAGCCAAUAUGGCUGUUGCUCUUAAAGCCGUGCGAUGGAUGGCUAAACAAAGAAACGCAGAGGGUGGAUUCACAUCAACUCAGGACACUGUAUUGGGUCUCGAAGCAUUAGCCAAAUACGCUGUUGCGAUGUCGAGCAAUACCACAGAUCUUUCGAUCCUCGUAACCACUGGCGAAGUUGAUCAGGUUUUCCAUAUGAACGAAGAUAAUCGUAUGGUUUUGGCACAGGUUCGAUUACCGGUUUUACCAACUGUCAUUGAGAUAUUUGCCGAGGGCGAAGGAUGCGUUCUCGUCCAGGCCAAUAUGAAAUAUAAUGUUGCAAAUGCUUCGGGAUCAGAGGCUUUUGAUCUGACGUUGAACGCCGAACCCGUGCUUUCCGGUGGCGAAUGUUCUAUGCAAAAACUCACAGUUUGCUCCCGCUACAAAAUGGCUGACGAGGAGACUAACAUGGCACUAUUGGAAAUCGGCAUGGUCAGCGGAUACGUUCCAGAUAAACCGAGUUUGCACGCUCUCCUCGAAGAAUCAACUACGAAGGUCCGUCGAUUUGAGGAGGAACGCGGCACCGUUGUCAUUUAUUUUGACAAAUUAACCAGUGAGAGAACUUGCAUAUCUUUUCUUGUACUGAGAGAAAAUAUUAUCGAACAUCCGAAACCAGCAAAUGUGAAGCUCUACGAUUAUUAUCAACAAGAGCUCGUAAUCACUCAGAGUUACGAGUUUUCCCGAAGUUGCGAUGCUAUCGACGACGACGAAGAGAAGGAAAAGGAGAGAGAAAUUGAGGUGGAACACAACGAUACCGGUGACGGAUUGGACGAGGUUAUUCGUCCCAUUGCACUAGACAAGUCGUUGUCAGAGCGUAAAGACGACACAAUUAAUGAUACUUUAAGGCCAGAAGCGAGUAUUCAACGAUCGUCUAAGAUAAGUGCGAAAUCCAUCAGCACGAAUGAAGAAUUGACCUCGGGUCAUGCGACAGAUAACAAUCCAAUAACGCAACUGGAUCAAGAAGCUUUAGGCCAUAUAAAAAAGCUUCGUGAAAUAAUCGCUUUCGAGUUGGCCGAACGAGAUGACAAAAAGAAGAAAGUCGAAGAAGGAUCGACGACGCGUGCAGCACCGUUUAAUUUUAUUGAUACAGCGACAACGUCAAUUCCAAAUUCACCGAUCGACGAAAUACCACGAACAUUACACGUGGCGAGUGUCGAUGAAAUUGUUGAUGGCGGAACGAGUCGUUUGGACGUUGGAAGUGGCGAAGAACCCGAAACGCGAUCAAAAACCACUGAUUCGUCGACCAACUUUUUUGGUAAUCCUGCAUUCGUCAUUAUUGAUCAUGAACUUGAGAGCCCCGACGGCGUUGAAGGACCUCCUCCCGUCUACGUGAAACCCUCGUACAAUUUUAAUUUCCCUAAAGAAAGUGUGGGCACCGGUGUCAAUGGAGAAGAAACCUCCAGUGCCAACCAAUCAGAAUCUAGAACUCUCGCUCCGACCGGUUCUCGAAGUGACAACUCAUUUAUUGCAGUAACGGAACAUCAAGCCGAAUCUAACUCCACAGCAUCAAUUUGUCCUGUGUGCAAGGAAUAUGUCGGUGACAUGAAAAACGUGUACUGUAGUGCUAACAGUUUCUUUACGAUAGUGAUGCACAGGAAACGACGAGCCAGAGUAUUGCUGCAUUUCCGUGUACCUCAUGAUCGCCCCGAGCGUCUCCGAAGCCUCGUCGAAUUCGUUCUGGAUCCGCGGUGCACGUGCAGACCUCUCGACAAAACUGGAAAUUUGGUUGUUGUGGUCGUGCCUUCGGAGGAGAGCGAAUCUUUUGUCAAAAACAGUAAGACAAUAAACCCCGACGGAACCUUCGCGAUCUACAGUUUGCUAAGAAUCGGUUGGAACAAUUUUCCGGAAGACAUCUUUAAUGCACGAGCUUCUUGUCUGUCACCGAUUGUUGCGUGAUUGAUCGUGUAUCCUCAAUAUCUCAUUAAUUAAAUGAACUUUUGUUCAGAGAUGUGCACAAUCCAAUUUGUUCCUUAUUACGUUUGCAAUGAAAAAUACCGCGAAUAUUUGAUUUGUCAUCCCUAUUCAAUGCAUAUUAAGGUACAGCGCGCAGCCAGAUGGAAGCCUUACGGAAAGAUGAUAUUGUAUGAGAUCUAAAGGCAAACACGAAGUAACGUAACAGCGUACAUGUAACGAACGAGAAUUGAAUAUUGCUCAUCUCUGCUCUCGCUUCAUCAGUUUAAUUCGCUGCAUCGCUCUUUAUUUUCAUUAUAAUCUUGGCGGCUCGCCGCUUUUGCAGGGAUCAUUACAAAUAAACAAUUAUAUUUUUUAGACGGUAA